AGUGGGGUUGUAGGACGGCAGAGGUUGGAGGAGGUGAGGGGUUGGUCAGCCAUGUCUGGUGGGGUUUAUGGGAGGAAGAAGAAUGUUGUUUGGUUAUCAGGUUAUGGAAGCAAGAAGGAUGUCAAUCAAAUGGACAGGUGUAGCAUUUCUAUUGAGCUAGACAAUGGUCAGUAAAAAUUGGUUACUGACCUAUCAGUAGGCAAGUAUUAUCCUCGAAAUUAUACUGCCAUUGGAGCAGUGAAGACUUUCACUGUUUCGAGAAUAUGCUCUUUGCUGGGGUUUUACUUUUGGGUCUGGAAUUAGGGUUUUGACCAGCGAAGAAGAUGGUGGCGAUGAACUUGCUUGCGUUUGGUGGGUCCCACGAAGAAGUGGGUUCUGGUCAAAAGCGGAAGAUGAAGCGGAGGAGCAGAAGGAAACCGCCAUGAAAGCUUGCGUUACAGUUCUACUCCUUUGGCUCAUUCCCAUUGAAGGCCUAUCUUCCUGAUGGAGAUAUUGAUUUGACUGCUCUCUGCCGUCCAAACUUGAUGGAGGGGCUUGCUCGUAAAAUCUGUGCGAUCCUCAGGAGUCGUCAAGCACAGGACUCUGAGUUCCAGAUUAAGGAUGUCCGCUACAUUCGCGCACGGGUUAAGGUCGUAAAAUGCUUUGUGAAUAACAUGGCAAUUGACAUCUCCUUCAAUCAGACGGCCGGCCUCAGUACACUGUGCUUUCUGGAGCAGGUUGACCAACUGAUCGGAAAAGACCAUCUUUACAAACAGAGUAUUAUCUUAACCAAAGCUUGGUGCUACUAUGAGAGUCGAAUUCUUGGGGCCCAAUAUGGCCUGAUUGCAUCAUAUGGACUGGAAACAUUGGUGUUGUUUAUCAUCAAUCGCUUUCAUUCAUCACUCCGUGGUCCUUUAGAGGUCCUGCAUAGGUUUUUGGAAUACUAUAGCACAUUUGAUUGGGGCAACUAUGGUAUCAGUAUAAAUGGUCCAUUUGCCUUAUCUUCCCUUCCAGAAAUCAUAGUUACACCCCAAAACGAGGGGGAAGAAUUUCUCCUGAGUGAGGAGUUUGUAAGAGAGUGCAGGCUGGCGUUUCCAGAUCCAGUGGUGGCAAACGCAGCUAGAGUUGAUGAAUUCCAAAUUAAGUUCCUCAACAUAGUGGAUCCUCUAAAGGACAAUAACAAUCUAGGUCGUAGCGUCAGUAAAGGAAACUUCUGUCGUAUAAGAUCUGCUUUUUCCCUUGGGGCUAAAAAACUUCGAGAAGUAUUAAUGCUACCAGGUGAAUGCAGAGGCAUGACACUUGAGAAAUUCUUCGCGACCACUCUAGAUAGGAAUGGGGGUGGACAGAGAGCAGAUCUGGCAACUCCUGUCCCUGGAUUUGGUACUCGAACAUCUGAAAAAUCUGACCUCACUGGGGACUACGAAGAAUAUUGUGAUAGCCUGUUGUCUGCAAAUGCAUAUCAGUUUUCAAUUACACACAACGGUGCUCCACCUUUUGAAGCCGAUGACAUGAGCAAAUGGAAUGCCCUGGUUCAUACGGCUCAACAAGAUGGGAAUGUCAUUUUUCAAAUGGCAGAAAAUGCAGAACAAAUCUUUUCAUGUCUCCUUCCUCACCAGGUAAUGCAAAAUCAAAAUAAUUCCACCAAUGUGCCUCCAAGAGCAAGGGGAAAGGUCCCGGAGUCUAGCAGCUGCGGUCUGAGGAUGAAAUCACCUCAAAAGACUAACCAAGCUGAGGUUUCCAUCAAAGCAGGCCCGAGUGGAAAUGCUCCUCGGUUUAAAUUUUUACCUGAAGAACAAAAUGAUUCCACCAAUGUGUCUCCAAGAGCGAGGGGAAAGAUCCCGGAGUCUAGCAGCCGUGGUCCAAGGAUGAAAUCGCCUCAAAAGACUAACCAAGUUGAGGUUUCCACCGAAACAGGCCCAAGUGAAAAUGCUCCCCAGUUUAAAUUUUCACCUGAAGAAUUCCCACAGCUUCCUGGCACUCAAAUGCCUUCAUCAUCAGAUGUACAUCAAUCUGCUCAGACUGAAUUGGCAUCUCCUCCAGCCAAGGAAUUCCCACAGGUUACCGCAGCAACGAUUUGCUUUAAGAGGUUCAAACUAGACAAUGAUAAUGACUUUCCCCCCUUGACUUAAUGGAGGCACCGAGGUGGCAAAUGUGGAUUAGCUCAGUUGGCCAGCACAAUGUGUCUACCCCUUUGCGUCCGAUCUCAAAUCCUUUUGAAGUUUUAAAAAAAAAAACGCUGAGACAUCAAUUUCGUUUUGUGUGUUUCCGAUUUCGCUAUUUGAACUUAUGUAUAAAAGUUGAAGUUUUCCCUUGGUUUCUGGUUACUGAGAUAUUAUCCUAUAAAUGUUGAAUGUUGGGAGUUUCA